UGGUGGAGAAAGAGUGAAGCUCCUAAAGCUGAAGAACAGAAGAAGGGAGCUGCUGAACAGCAGAAGUGUGAAGCUCAUCAGCAUGUAAAACACCAAGCUCCAUUUGGUAUCCACUCCAUGCGGAUACCAAGAUCCAGUGAUGACUACAUCUUCAGCCACUAUCAGCUUGGUAGAGAACUGGGAGCUGGUGGAUUUGGUGUGGUGUAUCAAGCGAAGCGUUUGGAGGACAAUCUCAGAGUGGCAGUGAAAUACGUCAACAAGACUGACGAUGACUGGGAAAUGUAUUACCAUCCAGAGAGAAGGAAACUUCCAUUGGAGAUCGUCCUCACGCUGAUGGCGAAUAAAGGGGGCAGUCAGCCGGAGAUCAUCCAGCUGCUGGACUGGAAGGAUUACAGUGACCAUUUCGUCAUGAUCUUCGAGUAUCCCGCUCCCUGUCAGGAUCUGGAAGACUUCGUGGAGGAUCGCGGUGGUAAAAUCACUGAGGGUUUGGCUAAGAUAAUCAUGAGGCAGGUGAUUCAGGCUGUGCUCGUGUGCUGCCAGCGCAAUGUUUUUCAUCGCGACAUCAAACCCUCCAACCUCCUCAUCAACACCAGGACGCUCGAGGUCAAACUAAUUGACUUUGGGUGCGGUGACAUUUUGAGGGACUCCUACUACAGGUCCUACUGUGGUACAAUAUUGUACAUUCCACCCGAGUACCUCUUCCAUGGGGAAUACCACGCCAAUCCUGCCACAGUGUGGUCUCUGGGGAUUCUGCUGUUCAGAAUGGUGAGCGGAAGAUAUCCGUUCAUCUUCACAUUGCUGUGGAUCCGGUGGAAAAUCUGGCGCAAAAGACACCUGUCAAAGGAACUGCUCCAACUUCUCCAUGAGCUCCUCGUGAUAAACCCAGAGAAACGGAUUGAUUUGAAGGACAUCCUUUCCCACAGCUGGUUUACGGAAAACGAAUAAGACCAAUCAAGAGUAGAGUUUCUCUUCAGAUUGACGUCUUUUGGGCUGAAUGAACGACAUCUUGCUACAUCCACAGCACUUGCACUUUUUAAAACAUUUUCUACUUGUGUAUUUUGUAUAUACUGUAUGUAAUUUAUUGUCUUGUAAUAUAUU